AUGACGACGAAUUCUCGGCUGAGACAAAAUGCAGCCACUAUAUUUGAUGUUUUUUGUGAAGUCGCUAAUGUCGAUUCGGAGCCGGUGAUGCUUCAGAAAUAUCCAGAAGACUUUUGCGAUGAGCCCACAUUGAAAUCGAUCCUCCAAUUUGCGUUUCCCUUUCGCACAAAUGAAGAUUCCGGUGAAGCAGUGCAAUUAUUUUCCUUUGUUCUCACCGAUGCCCAAUCGCUUUAUACGUUUGGCUUCUGUCGCUCGAUGCCGAAAACAAAUAGCUGCAUUGUGAUUCUCAGCGGUUUCCCGUGGGAUGGCUUUUUCUACAAAUUGCUCAAUCACAUUUCAGUGGUCAUGCUCAGUGGAAAGCAAUCCGAUCUUGAGGGAAUUCUAACGAAAGCCUAUCACACAGAUAUCCCCACAGCUGGCGAACAACUACGAGUCAGCACAUUCGAGAACACUUAUCUGCUGGAGUUGACCGUACCUGACAUUUCCUCCUUACCAACAUUGCGAGAUGACAAGUACAUGCUCGAAUUCUACAAUGCAAUAACCCCAGCACAAAUGAUUGCUCUGUAUUCAAGUUUGCUUAAAGAAAGACGCAUCAUCUUCACUGGCCGAAAGUUAUCUCAAUUGAGUAGUUGUGUGCAAGCAGCAAGCACAAUUCUUUAUCCGAUGUUUUGGCAAUACUUGUACAUUCCUGUUCUACCAGAAACCCUUGUCGAUAUGCUGCAAGCGCCGAUGCCUUUUCUCAUUGGAGUUCCUAAACAAGUUGUGGAUACAGAUAAAGUACGUGAUCUUGGCGAUGUAAUGGUGAUUGAUCUCGAGCAUCGAACGUUGAAGGGAACUCAUGAUGAUACGAUUCAUCUGCCAGCAAAUGUCCUACAACAACUAAAGAAUGAUCUGAAGAGUGGACCAGGAAUGGGUGACGGCUUAUCUCGAGCUUUUCUCAAAGCAAAUGUGAAUUUGUUUGGAGGAUAUCGACUUGGAUUCACGAGAAAAGAGGAAACCGGGGUGAUCACGUGGGAUAAAGCAAAAUUCGUUGCCGAACAGCGACCAAGUCUGCAAAACUUUCUCAGUUCUUUAGUUGCUGAAGAUGGGGUUCAGUAUUUGGAAAGAUUUAUUGAAGAACGAAUCAAAGCUUUAAAUCUUGGAGUACCAAUAAAUGAUGCAUUUGAAAAGGCGGCCAAUUCACUGGAGAUCAAGUUGAGAGCACAGACUAAAGACAGCGCUGCUGAUGUACUCGGUGCAAUCAAAGAUAAAAUGAGUGCGAUUCAGAUCAAAGACAAAAUUGGAAAGCUCAAUCCGAGAGAGCUGGGAAAAAGCGCUACCCGAAAAGUUCAACUCCGAAAAAGUGGCCAUGAAAAGUUGAAUGGGAAAAUGCCACUAUCAUUUGAUAACAUUCAAUGGACUGAAGAACAGGUUAGCAAUGAUUCAUCACGGAGUGUUUCACCGGCUGAGAAAGCGGAUGAGACAGGAAAUAUUGAUUUGAUUGAUUGGACAUCUGAUGUUAUGGAUCCUUUGGAAGAAUUUGAUCCUUCUACAUCAUAUGCCGGUCAUACUCCACCACCAAUACCCUCCUCAUCCAAUCCCCUCGAUACCCCAAUUGCCGCUCCUCGUCGAUCAAUCCCAACCUCGGUCCAACCAUUGGCUCCCGCGAAACCACCAAGUCAAGACAACUAUCGCCCGCCGAUUCCAUUCAAAGGACCAGUCGGUCAAGCAGCAACCAUGACAAUGAAUUACAAUCCGUUCAAAACACAAGUAACUGAUUCAUUCCCGAAAAAGUUUCCACCAUCAAAGCCAAUUGCGAAGACAAAUCCUGGAAGUCAUAGCAGCUGGGAGAAAUUCGAU